AUGCUGGAUUUCAGGCACCGGAUACCCACCCAGGUCUUGGUUGAGAAUAUUGUUGCCUCUCUUCCAGUCCUCGUCAGCGAUCUCGGUGAUGCUGCUGUAGUCGGGCUUGCCGAAGACGGUGGCAGAGCAUAUCUAAUCACAGAUCAAGUGAAUGUUGUUAUCGGUAGUGAAGGCGGCGAUGCUUCUCAAGGUGUCCCCGUCGAGAAUCAUUCCCAGUGGGUUCGAUGGGUUGGUCAAUAA